AUGGAGAAUCGGAAAGCUGUCGGACCGGAAGAGGUGCCGAUUGAAGCGUGGAAAGCGCUGGGGGCUCGUGGUGUGUGCAUUCUUACUAACCUUUAUAAUAGAAUCCUGAGAGACCGAAUAAUGCCCGAUCAGUGGCGGCUUAGUAUAAUAACGCCAGUCUACAAGGGUAAAGGGUGCGUUCAGGAUUGCGGUAAUUACCGCGGUAUAAAGGUGACGUCACACACCAUUAAGCUCUUGGAGCGCAUUAUUGACACCAGGAUCCGACAGAAGUGUACAGUAUCGGACUACCAGUACGGUUUCCAAUCAGGACGUGGUACCAUGGACCCUAUAUUCGCCCUAAGGAUCCUCAUGGAGAAGCAUAGAGAAAAGAAUAUGCCUCUGCAUUUUUUAUUCGUAGACCUGCAGAAGACCAUUGACUGUGUUCCAAGGGAGAUGAUCUGGUGGGCGUUGCGGUCGAAGUUGGUACCAGAGAUCUACGUGGAAAUUGUACGUGACAUGCACCGCAACUCCGAUUCAAUAGUCAGGAUCGCUGUUGGUGAUACCACCCCCUUCUCCAUAACCGUCGGCGUGAAUCAGGGCUCCGUCUUAAGCCCCUACCUCCUCAUUGUGAUAUUACACGAACUGUCAGCCAGCGUACAGAAACUACCGCAGCCUUUGCUGCUUAUGUACGCUGAUGAUAUUGCACUGGUAGAUGGGGACAAAGGACGGCUCACCAGACGCGUGCACGCAUGGAGGGAGGCGCUUGAGAACGGCGGGCUGAAGCUAAAUGUGGCGAAGACGGAGUAUAUGGCCUGCAACAGCACAGAUCUGACAUCUCUCCAUAUAGGCGACGACACCGUCGAGCGCACGGACAACUUCAGGUGCUUCGGAUCUGUGCUUGAUGCGUCCGGGGACAUCAAUCGCGACAUCAAGGCCCGUAUAUCAGCGGCCUGGGCGAAAUGGCGUGAGGUGACGGGUGUCAUUUGUGACCCCAAAAUGCCGGUCAAGCUGAAGGGACAGGUCUAUAAGACCAUCAUAAGGCCUGUCCUUACAUACGGCAGUGAAGCGUGGCCGGUGCUGGCGUUGCGUUGCUGCGAAACCGGCUGUUGUUGCAUGUCACGAAGAUGA